AUGUCUCCAUUCAUUCAAAGUGUCCUCUGCUUAGCGACAGCAGUGGCUUGCACCCAGGCUGCUGCACUUUCUUCAACUAAAGUCGCAACAGUAUCGGUCAACACAAAUCUCAAGUUUCAAGAGCUUGAUGGUUUCGGUGUGUCACAAGCUUUCCAACGUGCCGGAGACAUCUACAGUAAGGAGGGUCUCUCCAAGAAAAACACCAAACAUGUCCUUGAUCUUCUUUUCAGCAUCGACAAAGGCGCUGGAUUUGCAAUUUUACGCAAUGGGAUCGGUUCCAGCAACAGCUCAACCAGCAACUUCAUGAACUCCAUCGAGCCCUUCACUCCUGGAUCACCGGACGCACGCCCACACUACGUUUGGGAUCGCAAUGACAGCAGCCAGUUCCCGCUAGCCCAAGAAGCAUACAACCGGGGUCUCGUCAAGCUUUACGGCAACGCGUGGUCUGCACCCGGAUAUAUGAAAACGAACGGAGACGAAAACAACGGCGGAUACUUGUGUGGAGUGAGCAAUACUCAUUGUGAAUCUGGAAAUUGGAUGCAGGCAUACGCGGACUACCUGGUCCAAUGGGCGCGCUUCUACAAGCAGUCCGGUGUCAAGGUGACCAACCUCGGCUUCUUGAACGAGCCUGGGUUUCCUGCGUCGUAUGCUGGCAUGCAAUCCGAUGGAACACAGGCUGCGGAAUUCAUUCGUGUUCUCGCAAAAACUAUCAAAACCUCUGGUAUGGAUCUCGCCAUCAAUUGCUGUGAUAAUAUGGGAUGGGAUGGACAAGAGCAGAUGAUGGCGGCGCUUCAAGCGGGUCCUGACCCCGCAGAGGCAUACCUGAGUAUCAUCACAGGCCAUGGAUACGAGACGGUCCCAGACUUCCCACUCUCAACAAAGAAGAAGAGUUGGGUGACGGAAUGGGCGGAUUUGUCGGGCGGAUUUACACCUUACACAUUCUUCAAGAGUGGUGCACCCGGCGAGGGCAUGACAUGGGCGCGCAAUAUUCAAGUUGCGCUUGUGGACGCAAAUGUCAGUGGUGUUCUUUAUUGGAUUGGGGCUGAGAGUUCAACUACAGACAGUGGUCUCAUCAACCUGAUUGGAGACGAGGUCAUUCCCAGCAAACGUUUCUGGGCUUUCGCACAGUUCAGUCGCUUUGCUCGACCAGGAGCACGCCGUGUCGAAGCUACGAGCUCUGCCCCUCUGCUCUUUGUUAGCUCAUUCCUUAAUCAUGAUGGAAGUGUUGCCACUCAGGUCAUCAAUAACGGAACUGAAGCGUAUGAGGUUAGCUUCAAGCUCCACGCCUCGGGGCGGAAUCACAAAGUUCAACCUUGGGUGACGAACAAUGAUCAUGACUUGACGGCACUCAAUUCCCUUCAUGUUGCUAAGGAUGGUACCUUCAAGUCUACUGUUCCUGCGCAUUCCAUGAUGACAUUUGUGUCUUAA